AUGGAGGCUGGAAAAGACGCGCCCAAUCCGGCGCCUGCCGCGAACAAGCCCAAGUCUGCCAAGCAGGAGAAAAAGGAGAAGGCCAAGGAAAAGGCUGCUGCUAAGGCGGCGCAGGCAAAGCAACAACAGAAAGAACCCUCCGCGAAGCCUGCCAAGGAAAAGGCUGCUAAGGAGGCGGUCGAAUCUGCCUGGUACUCGUGGUGGGAGAAGAGCGGCUUCUUCAAGCCUAGGGGCGACGCAACCAAGCGAUCUGACAACACUUAUGUCAUUCCUCUUCCUCCUCCCAACGUUACUGGUGCUCUGCACUGCGGUCAUGCCCUCGCCAACUCCCUCCAGGAUGCCCUCAUCCGCUGGCACCGCAUGAAAGGCUACGAUACUCUCUGGGUUCCCGGUUGCGAUCAUGCUGGUAUCUCCACCCAAUCCGUCGUCGAAAAUAUGCUCUGGCGCAAGGAGCAGAAGACCAGAAUUGAUCUCGGCCGCGAUGCUUUCACCAAGCUGGUUUGGGACUGGAAGGACGAGUACCAUCAGAGAAUCAACAAUGCCCAGAGGCUCAUGGGAGGCUCCAUGGAUUGGUCUCGAGAAGCCUUCACCAUGGACAAGAACUGUACCGAUGCGACCAUCGAAUCCUUUGUCCGUCUCCACGAUGAGGGGCUUAUCUACCGAUCUGACCGCCUUGUCAACUGGUGCACUCAUCUGAAUACCGCACUUAGUGGCCUUGAGGUCGACAAUAAGGAAAUUCCAGGCCGUACUAUGCUCAGCGUUCCCGGCUACGAAAAGAAGAUCGAGUUUGGUGUCCUCACCCAUUUCCAGUACCCUCUAGAUGGCUCUCCGGAUGUCAAGAUCGAGGUUGCCACUACUCGUCCUGAAACCAUGCUGGGUGACUCAGGCAUUGCCGUUCAUCCGGACGAUUCGCGGUACACCCAUCUCGUUGGCAAGUUCGCGCGCCACCCCUUCACCAACCGACUCCUCAAGAUUGUUGCCGAUGACUACGUCGACCCAGAAUUCGGUACUGGCGCUGUCAAGCUUACCCCCGCCCACGACAACAACGAUUACGCCAUUGGCCAACGACAUGGCCUUGAGUUUAUCAACAUUCUCAACGAUGAUGGCACUCUCAAUGAGAAUGCUGCUCAGUUCGCGGGUCAGCGUCGUUUCGAUGCCCGUUAUGCCGUCACUGAGGAGCUUACUAAGCUCGGCCUCUUUGUCAAGAAGGAGUCCAACCCCAUGAAGAUUCCUCUCUGCCAGAAGUCCAAGGACGUUAUCGAGCCUAUCAUGAAGCCCCAGUGGUGGAUGCGCAUGAAGGAGAUGGGUGCCGCCGCUCUCGAGGUUGUCGAGCAGGGCAAGAUCACCAUUGCGCCCGAGUCUGCCCGCAAGUCGUAUACCCACUGGAUGUCUAACAUCAAUGACUGGUGCUUGUCCAGACAACUAUGGUGGGGCCACCGUAUUCCCGCGUGGAAGGUUACACUUGAAGGAGAGAAGGAUACAGACAACAACGACCGUUGGAUCGCCGCCAGGUCCGAAGAUGAAGCCCGGUCUAAGGCCAAGGCGAAGUUUGGCACCGAAUCGUUUAGCCUCGAGCAGGACCCCGAUUGCUUUGAUACUUGGUUCAGCAGUGGUCUCUGGCCUAUGGCCACUCUCGGCUGGCCCAACACCGAGCACCCCGACUUCAAGCGCUUCUUCCCCACUAGCACCCUCGAAACCGGCUGGGAUAUUCUUUUCUUCUGGGUUGCGCGUAUGAUCAUGUUGUCUCUCAAGCUCACCGGCGAGGUUCCUUUCAAGGAGGUCUACUGCCACAGUCUUAUCCGCGAUUCCGAGGGCCGUAAGAUGAGCAAGUCCCUGGGCAAUGUCAUCGAUCCCCUCGACAUCAUCCGGGGUAUCGAGCUUGAGGACCUCCACGCCAAGCUUCUUCAGGGCAAUCUUGCCGCUGAUGAGGUCGCCAAAGCAACCAAGUAUCAGAAGACGGCCUUCCCUGUUGGCAUCCCCGAAUGCGGCGCGGACGCUCUUCGAUAUACCCUUAUCUCUUACUGCACCGGAGGUGGUGACAUCAGCUUCGACGUCAAGGUCAUGCACGGUUACCGUCGAUUCUGUAACAAGAUUUGGCAGGCCAGCAAGUAUGUUUUGCUGAAGCUCCCCGAGGGCUUCAAGCGAACAACUGAGCUUGCCACCUCUCAGCUCUCCCUUCCUGAGAAGUGGAUCCUGCACCGCAUGAACACUGCCGUUGCGGAGACGAACCGCGCUCUCGCCAACCGUGAAUUUUCCAAGAGUACCCAGAUCACUUAUCAAUUCUUCUACGACGACCUCUGUGAUGUCUUUAUCGAAAACAGCAAGGCCCUCCUCACUGACGGUGAUGAGGAAUCGAAGAACCGUGUCCUUCAAACUCUUGUCACCGUCCUCGACACCUCCCUCCGUCUGCUUCACCCCUUCUUGCCUUUUAUCACUGAAGAGCUCUGGCAGCGUGUUCCCCACGUUGAGGGUGACACGACUCCCAGUAUCAUGCUCACAACCUAUCCCGAGUAUGACGAGAAGCUAAACUUUGAGGCCGAUGCUGCUGACUACGAGGUCGGUCUCAAGUGCGCCCAGGGUAUGCGCUCCCUUGCCGCCGAGUACGGUUUCCGCACAGGUGGCAAGAUCUUUGUCAAGGCCAGCUCUCCGGAGAGUUUCGAGAAGGCCAAGGCUCAGCAUCACUCGAUGCAGGCUCUCUCUGGCAAGACCAUUGGCGAAGUCAAUGUUGUCGGACCUGAUGCCGAGGCUCCCCAAGGCUGCGCCGUCUUCGUCGUUUCGUCCGAUUUGGUUGUUCAGCUUGACGUCGCCGAGCGCAUCACGGACGUUGACGCCGAGAUCAAGAAGGUCCGUGCCAAGCUACAGAAGAGCCAAGGCACUGCGCAAAAGCAGAAGGAACUUCUCGGCCGCGAGGGCUUCGAUGACAAGGUUAGCGAGGUCGUCAAGACCCAGGAGUUGAAGAAGCUCUCGGAUGCCUUGGCAGCGACGGAGAACUACGAGAAGACCAUCGCCGAAUUUGAGAACACGGUCGGCUAUGACGCGACGAACAAGCACACGUCCGGGCAUCCGCGCCCCGAGCAUCGCGACAACGCGCCAUGUCAGCUCCCGAAUGGGCGAUCGUGCGGGCGCCGCCUCCCCGCGGAUUCCCUCAUGUCGACAGCCACGAUGACUGCGGGCUCGAAGCGCAAGGAACGGGGGUACGAAGCCGACGGCUCGACCGGCGAGGAGACGUGCAUCAACGUGUUUGUGAGGUGUAGGGGUAGGAACGAGAGGGAGGUCAAGGAAAACAGCAAUGUGGUGUUACGGACGGAGGGCGUCAAGGGCAAAGUUGUUGAGCUGUUUAUGGGAUCUAACGCGUUGAGCAAUAAGACGUACAACUUUGACGGCGUCUUUUCCCCUGCGGCGGACCAGAGCAUCAUUUUCGACGAGGUCAUGUUGAAAGGAUACAACUGCACAAUUUUCGCGUACGGCCAAACAGGCACCGGUAAGACAUAUACGAUGUCUGGCGACAUGUCCGAAACGCUCGGGAUACUCUCCGAUGCUGCCGGCAUCAUCCCGAGGGUUCUUCAGGCUCUCUUCAGCAAGCUUCACGUGGAUGACGGAGAAAACUGCGUCAAAGUGUCCUUUAUCGAACUUUACAACGAAGAACUACGAGAUCUCAUUUCGGUAGAAGAGUCCGCCAAGCUCAAGAUUUACGAUGACACGUCGAGAAGGGGACUUGCCGCCACGGUUGUGCAGGGGAUGGAGGAGAAGCAUAUCAACUCGGCCUCGGACGGCAUCAAGGUUCUCCAGGCUGGGAGUUUGAAGAGGCAGGUUGCGGCAACCAAAUGCAACGACCUCAGUAGCCGAAGUCACACAGUCUUCACAAUCACCGCUUACGUUCGCAUGAAGGCUGCGGACGGCAGUGAGGAGCUUGUGAGUGCCGGAAAGCUCAACCUCGUUGAUUUGGCGGGUAGCGAAAAUAUCCAAAGGUCCGGUGCCGAGAACAAGCGUGCGGCGGAAGCGGGGUUGAUCAACAAGAGCUUGCUCACCCUAGGAAGGGUGAUCAACGCGUUGGUCGACCGCAGCCUCCACAUUCCUUACCGCGAGUCCAAAUUGACGAGGCUUUUGCAAGACUCCCUUGGUGGUCGUACAAAGACGUGCAUCGUCGCGACGGUGUCCCCGGCAAAGAGCAACCUCGAAGAGACGAUAUCGACCCUCGACUACGCUUUCCGAGCUAAGAACAUCCGAAACCGGCCUCAGAUCAACCAGCCCAUCCACAAAAAGGCGCUGAUGCGGGACCUUGCCAACGAGAUUGAGAAACUAAAGACGGAGCUCAUUUGCCACCGGCAGCGUAACGGCGUCUACCUUACAAACGAGGCGUUCGAGGAUAUGUCUUCAGUCAGCGAAUCGCGCCGCAUCAUGCUUGAGGAGCAAGCUGCCAAGAUGGAAGCCAUCGAGACUAGUCUACGCAACAAAACCCAGGAACUGUUGAACCUUACGGCGACGUUUAUGGGUAUGAAGGAAGGCUACGAGGGCUUGAAAGUCAAGUUUGACGAUACCAAGUCUGUCCUCGAUCAGACGGAACUCAUCCUUUCUGCGACACGCCUGACGCUUGCCAAGGAGACGCACCUCCGGAAAGCGCACCAAGAGACGGAAGAGAAGCUCACCGAGGUUGGUGGCAAGCUCUUGACGACUCUCAAGAAAACUGUUGGCGACGUGGAUGGCCUACACGCAAAGAACAGGCGCAAGUCGGACCUUCAGGAAAUGAAUCGGAGCACUUGGACGGCCGCCCAGGCGCACGUGGAGGACGUCAGCUCUCUUGUCGAGGGUCGCGUGCUUGAGCUCAGGAGAGAGCAGUCGGAGCGGAUCGCAAACGUGUCGGAUCGAAUGCGCGGUUUCGUCGACGAGGAGCUCCGACAGCUCGCGGCCACGCAAGAAUUUCUUCAGAUCCAACUAGCCGCAUUCAGCGAGUCGAAGAAGGAUCUCCUCGAGCGUGGGGAUCGGUCCAAGGAUGAGAUGGAUGAAGUUUUGGAGGAGAUCAAGGUUGUACGGGAUUCGGUGAAAGAACGGGUUGGGGAGAGCCUGCAGGCCAUCUCCGGGGCGGCCGAGAGGAUAUCGGCCGAUGUUUUGAGUGAGCUCGACACGUUCCAUAACCAGCUACACACCUCUUACAGCUCGCUUGGAAAGGAGUUCAAGUCCAUCUUUGAAGAGAUGAUGCGACACCUCGCUUCCCAGAGGAGUGAGGCAGACAGACUCAGGCGCCAGCUCGAGAGCGCCACGCAUACCAUGAUCCAGCAGAACGCGACGCUCUCCCUCCGUAUCAAGGAGGUUAUCAACGAGGAGCGCCAGCAGGCAGCGGAGGACCGACAGAGCCUCUUGACACAGAUUGGGGCUUUGAUCAAUGCGCAGGCGGAAGUGCAAGAAUCCAGGCUCGCCGAAAAGGCAGCGCUACUCCAGAAGGGCCUCACGGACGCCAACUCGACACUGAGCGGAAGCGUCGACCGGUACGGCGAAUCUAUGGCUACCUGGGACAAGAAGGAAGGUCAGCUCCUCGAGGAUGUCAAGACAUCUCGAGAUACACUCAAGACGAAGCUUAAGGAUGACUGGAAUAUCGCCAACCAGCACAGCAGCUCGAUCCAGACUACGACGAAAUCCGUCCACGCUGAAACGGUACGGAUUGUCGAUGCUCAAAUUUCCGAUCUUGGCAUCCAAAUGCAGGCUCUCGACGACUUUGUUAACCGCGCUCGAUCCGAGAAUGCCCAGCACCACGAGAUGCAGACCGAGGCUGUUCGCUCGGUUGCUACCACGGUUGAGCAAUCGUACGAGAGUAUCGGCGCACACUUCAAGGCCAAUCUUGAGCGGGUGGAGGAGAUUGGUACAGAAAUGGAAUCCGAAACUAAGCUGGUGGCCGAGGCGCUGGAGCCUCUCGAGGAAGAGGUGUGCCAGCCUCUCGCCGAGCUUCGCGAGGAGAUUGGCGGCGCGGUGCUUAGGGAGUACGUGCCUACCGGUGAUACGCCUAGCAGGGUGCAGUACAGGUACCCAACAGAGCUUCCUCGUACCGACAGUCACGAAACGCUCCUCGCCAAGAUGGACGGUGCUCCAGAAGCAACACCGUCAAAGGAGCGGGCCGGCCCCAUCGUCUUCUCCGACGGCGGUGACAUGGCUCCCCUCCCCGGAUCCCCUCGCUUUCACCGCCGUUGA